UAGAAAGGUGCUAUUUUGGUCAUUUUAGUUUUUGAGUGCUAACUUUGUGAUAUAAACUUAGAAAUGUGCUAUUUUGGAGAUUUGCCCUACAUUUAUUCUGAGUUUUCCAUUCAAUAAUCCACUUUUCAUGCAUAAUGAUUUCGAUAUAUCUCUUCGUUCACCCUCAAACCGCCUCGAACUCCAUCUAUAAAUAUCGGCCAUCACUUCCCUUCACCUCGCAUCUGAAACAAUUUGCUCAAACAUACGAUCUCCUAGAAGCAACAUAUUCAGAUGGCGAAUUCAUACACUCUGCUUGCGAAUUUGAGAGCCGGUCGAUGCUCUAAUACUGCUGAGGUCCGCUUGCUGAGGUUCUGGGAGGCCAGAAAUAUCAACAAAGGAGGGGAGCUGAUGAGUAUUGAGAUGCUGCUCAUCGAUGAGGCUGAUACCAUGGUUCAAGGGUGUGUUCCUGCUGUUCACCAACGUAAGUUCAGGGAACGUCUUACUGAAAGAUCAGUUUACACUCUCAGCCGGUUUGACGUUACACGCAGCAACCCGAAAUUCAAGUUGACUGAUGGCCCUGACUCCAUCCUUUUCAAUGAAGGAACUGAUUUUGAGAAGCUUGCUGCCACUGCUAGAACCAUACCUACAGAACAUUUUCGCUUCCGACCACAUGGACAGAUUCUUGAGUUAGCAAACACCUCUAGACAGCUCCCAGGUAUUUCUUUCCUUAAUAUUAGAUUUUUUUUUCUCAUUUCGCACUGUAACUUAUCAUAAUAUAAUACCUCAGAUGUUAUUGGGGAGGUUCGUGCAAUUAGGAGCACCAUCACGGACCGUUUACCCGGAGCACAACGCGUGAUGCUUACUCUUCGUGUGGAGAGGUAUUUUGUGUGUUAUUGUAUCUGUUUGUUAUUAUCGUUUACUCUAUCUACACUGUCUGACAAUGUUACUCAUAUUAUUUGCAGUGAUGUAUCGGGUAGAAGAGCAUUCCAUUUAAAGUAGCCUCAUUUGUCAAAGUGAUAAAACAGUCAUAGUGGUUUGUGUUCUCUUAGAUAACUCCACAUUACUGUUGGCAGGCAAGUUAUACUUGAAUGGAA